GGAGGAGUCUGCUCUGGGGUGCGCGCACUUGGCGGUUCCUUCCCUGGUGGUACGGAAGGACUGCGUAGGUCGGCUUUUCAGAGCGCAGUUCCCCGUCCACGGACCACAGGGUUUUCUUCCCCCCGGCGCCCCGGUCCAGCUUUGGAGCGCUCUGACCCCAGCCGGUUUUGGCGGUGGCGCCUCCGGAACACAAUGCGCAUGCGCACGCCGAGAGGCUGAGGCCCGCGGCGGAAAGAGGGCUCCGCCUGGCGACUGAGGGCGUGGGUCAGUUUGGACUCGAGGCGGGCCUGGCGGCGCUCUAUCCCUCCCCCUGCUGCUGCUGCUCGCUUCUUCAACUCGCGAGCAUCUGGCGCGCUGUUCUGGGUUUCCACGUGGGCCCGCCCACCGCCGUCUUGAAGCUGUGCCAAGGUACAAUCAACAGUGAUUAUCAUACAGCUGGAAGAAAGGCAGAGAUAAUGCUUUUUAUUUUAGAUUGGGCAAUUAAGCAGAAACUGCAGUUUUAGUAUGAAGAACGGAGGUGGAAGAACAAGCCGAAUCAGAAGACGAAAACUCUUCACAAGUUCUGAAUCAAGAGGAGUGAAUGAGAGCUACAAGCCUGAAUUUAUAGAGCUUAAGAAGUGGCUGAAAGAUAGGAAGUUUGAAGAUACAAACUUAAUACCUGCUUGUUUUCCAGGUACAGGAAGAGGGCUGAUGAGCAAAACAUCCCUACGGGAGGGACAGAUGAUUAUCUCAUUGCCUGAGAGUUGCCUGCUCACAACGGACACAGUGCUUAGAAGCUACUUAGGGGCGUAUAUUGCUAAGUGGCAGCCUCCUCCAUCUCCUGUGCUGGCUCUUUGCACCUUUUUAGUUUCAGAAAAGCAUGCUGGGGACCGGUCUCCCUGGAAGCCUUACCUGGAGGUUUUGCCCAAGGCCUACACCUGCCCUGUUUGUUUGGAGCCAGAAGUGGUGAAUCUUCUUCCCAGACCUUUGAAAGCAAAGGCCAGAGAACAGAGAACCCACGUGCAGGAGUUCGUUUCUUCCUCCAGAGACUUUUUCUCUUCCCUGCAGCCUCUGUUUUCGGAGGCCGUCGAGAGCAUCUUCAGCUACAGCGCCCUUCUGUGGGCUUGGUGCACCGUCAACACCAGGGCUGUGUACAUGAAGCGCGCGCCGAGGCAGUGCUUUUCCACAGAGCCGGACACCUGCGUGCUCGCCCCGUUCCUCGAUCUGCUGAACCACAGCCCUGACGCCCAGGUAAAAGCAGCAUUUAAUGAGGAAACUCGCUGUUAUGAAAUUAGAACAGCUGUGAGCUGUGGGAAACACCAAGAGGUGCUCAUCUGCUAUGGCCCUCACGAUAACCACCGCCUGCUCCUCGAGUAUGGAUUUGUUUCCGUCCGCAAUCCUCAUGCUUGUGUUUAUGUCUCAAAAGAUAUACUUGUUAAAUAUCUUCCAUCAACAGAUAAACGGAUGAACCAAAAGAUCUCCAUUUUAGAGGAUCACGACUUUAUAGAAAAUUUGACGUUUGGAUGGGAUGGACCGUCUUCGCGGUUACUCACAGCUCUUAAGUUGUUAUGUCUGGAAGCUGAAGAAUUGACAUGCUGGAAAAAAGUACUUAUUGGGGAAAUAAUUUCAGAUACAAAUGAGAAGGCAAGUUUGGACAUAGCCCAGAAAAUAUGCCAUUAUUUCAUCAAGGAGAGUAAGGCUGUGCUUCAAAAGGUUUCUCAGAUGAGAGAUGAAGAAGUGGCUUUGAUAAACCAACUAACUUUGGUAGAAACACUGUGGACAGAAGAGCUGAAGGUUCUCCAGGCCUCUGCUGAGACCCUAACCGGUUUGCAAACAGCUUUUACGUAACUUCACCGAAGUGCAGGUGAUCACCUCCAAUGGAGGUGGAAUUCCUCUGGGGGUGAUCUCCCUGGCACUCAGACGCUCUUGGCUUGAGGCUGGGGUAACACAGGUAAAAUGCUUCCUGUACUUUUUUACAUGGCCAUCCUCGGUUUUUGAGCUCUGCAGGAUUUUUGAUGCUUCCUCAUUGGAUUCCAGAGCUUUCCCUGAGCUGUUUCUGUUGGUUUACAGUUGUGCACUGUCUUUGUGAGGAGGUGAACAUUGGGACCUCCUAGCCCUCCACCUUGCUGAUGUCACCUCCCUCUCACAUGCAGAGCUUUAAAAACUGCAGAGGCCGGAGUCCCAUCCCGAGGAUCUGAUUUAAUUGGUCUGGGGUGUGCCAACAUCCUGGGGGUCCUAAAGCUCCCACGUGACUUUGCUCUUCACCAGAGUUUCCUUUCUGAGUCUCUGGGCUAUAGGAACAAGCUCCUUUAACUUCUCCCAGCUGGAACAUUCUGGAUUUUCAAGCCUACAGUUACAAUAGUUUUGGGAGACAGGAGAGAGAAUGCCAGUUGCUGUUCCACUGAACGAGUUUAUGCUGCCUAAAUAAUUUCUAAAAUAGUACCAAUCCCUGCUGAGUACAGAUUAAUCCAAAGUACAAGUGCUUUAACAUUCAUUUCAGCCAGGACAAUGAAAUAUAAGUGGCCAGACCACAGCAGGGGCUCAGUACUUUUUAGUUCUUUUCACAAGACACCUGUGAGUGUCCCAAGUGUUAUGGUUGAUGCCUGAAAAAUAAGAAAUGGAUCUCUGAAUCUGUGGGACUCUGCAGUGAGCUUGAGACACUUCCAUCUUUGAACACUGGAUGGCACAAGAAGACCGCUGGGCUGAGGAUGCAUACUGAGGUCCUUGAGGCUACCG